AUGUCGAUGAGCCCUAAGCAUACGACUCCUUUUUCUGUUUCCGAUAUCUUGAGUCCUCUUGAGGAGAGCUACAAGAAAGUAAGUAUGGAGAAUAACAACUUAGGGGCACCUCUCGCGUCUUACCGGCAACCGCAGGUGUCUCAGGCGGCGAUGCAGCAGCACCACAUGGGCCAUAACGGGACUGUGUCCGCAGCGUACCACAUGACGGCGGCAGGGGUGUCCCAGCUGUCACACACCGCGAUGGGGGGCUACUGUAACGGCAACCUAGGCAACAUGAGCGACCUGCCGCCCUACCAGGACGGUAUGAGAGGCAGCGCCACUGCCACCGGCUGGUACGGAGCCAACACAGACCCGCGAUUCUCCACGAUCUCCCGCUUCAUGGGCUCUUCCUCGGGCAUGAACAUGGGCAGUAUGGGCAGCCUCGGCUCCCUCGCGGAUGUCGGCAAAGGCAUGGGCCCGCUGUCAAGCACCCCGAGAAGGAAGAGACGCGUGCUCUUCUCUCAGGCUCAGGUCUACGAGCUCGAGCGGCGAUUCAAACAGCAGAAGUAUCUCUCGGCGCCCGAGAGAGAGCACCUGGCGAGCAUGAUCCACCUCACCCCGACCCAGGUCAAAAUCUGGUUCCAGAACCACCGGUAUAAGAUGAAGAGGCAAGCUAAGGACAAAGUGUCGCAGCAGCAGAUGCAACAGGAUACUAGUUCCUGUCAGCAGCAGUCCCCUCGGCGGGUGGCCGUGCCGGUGUUGGUGAAGGACGGCAAGCCAUGCCAAGGCAGUGCUCACACUCCAACCACUACUAUCCAGACACACCACCAGCAAGGGGCCAAUGUUAUGAUCAUGUCCAGUAAUGGUUCAGGCCUAGGCCAGCACCAGGGCCAGCAGGUGGUUAGCGCAGAUCACUCUCCAGACCUAGCACAUCAUUCGGCCAGCCCGCCGUCUCUCCAGACCCAGGUAGCUAGUCUCUCUCACCUGAACUCAUCCAGCGCCGAGUACGGGACAGCCCUGCAGUGUUCUGCUCUCUUAUAUGGCAGGACAUGGUGA